GGAAGGGGCAGAGUGUUGGGUCACACCUGUGGUAUUCAGGGGCUCUUUCUGGCUUACACUCUACUUCAGGAGUGGCCCCAAGCAAUACUAGAGGAGGUGGCCAUCAUAUUAUGGGUAUACAACUUGGAUUGAACCCAAGUUGGGCAGGCAAAUCAAGGUCUUAUCUUUGUACUAUUUCUCAAACACCAGAGAGCUCUUAAACUGAACAGUGGAAACAAGAUAGGAUUAGAUAAAAAUGGGGAUUCCAUUCUGUUCACCAGGUGUUGUUUUAGCUUGAUAAUCAAUAAUCCUUAAUCUGUAGCAGGAAACCAUUGCAGAUGGAUGUCAAGUCUUAUGAUUGCCUAAGGUCCUUUCUCCAUUCUUCCUUGAAAACUAUUAUAUACUGAACCUUUUUGGCUGGUUCUGAUUUAUGCUUUAUGAGCAAUAUCACGUUUAAUUUUAUUAUAACCUAAUAAUUGGUUCAUAUUGUGAGAUGGGGGAAAUGGAUCACAUGGCCAAAUAACUUGUUUGGUAACAAGAAAUAGAUUUCAAUUCUACUGUAUUUGACUUCAUAAACUUAGGUAUUUGUGAUUAAAUCUACUUUUACCUUCUAAAUCAACCCCCCUACCAAACUCCUGAGGGGAGGAUCCUCACAGAGCAGAGAACUAACUAUUUGUGAAUUAAAAUUAGUGAACUAAUGAGAACCAUUAUCAUGUCAUAAUUCUCUGAAAUAUAUUGUCUUUGUAUACACAAUCUCUUCCCCAACAUGCCAUGCUCUACUUGAUGUUCUCUGCUGCGGUGGUACCAUUCAUUUUCAUUCAUUAUCUUUCCACAAUAUUCUUUCUUAUUCUUCCAGUGCAGCUGCCCAAAUAAUGUACUAUUAGUUGUCUAUGAUUGGCUCUGUGUUUUACAAAUCUUAGAAUUGGUUAUGAUCUCAAAUAUGAAAACUAAUGGAUUGUUAAGUAAAGCUUGUGUGUGAGAAUAAGAGUAGGAAAUGAAAAACAGCUUUGGAAAAGACUCAGGAACGGUGAAUUUUUAAGUCCUCAGGUUAAUGUGAGGAGCAAGGAGAAAGCAAUUAGGAAGCAAGUGGAUCGAGACUUCAGCAGAUAGGCAAAUGUAUGUCCUUCAAUUAGGGUAAUCGGCAGCAUCUCCCAUGAGAACCUGAAAUAAAUGGAGAAGCUUGAAGAUGGGCUUGAACCAAGCCUAAUCAGGAAAAAGAAGGGGUGGAUGAAGGUAGAAAGCAAAACAAGGACGCCAGCUGGACUUGGAUACUGCGCUGUGCUUGGGUGCCUGGUGACCAGAUGGAGCGCUUUUGUAGGGACCCCACACGCUUUGUCCAUGUUCCCUGUGGUUUAUACCAAGGAUAUGGAAACCCGAUGCCUUUGGGCCAGCCUGGAUUCCCUGGACACAAACAGCCUGACUGGAGGCAAAAUAUGGGUCCCCCCACUUUCUUGGCCAGAACAGGGCUUUUGGUGCCUACGAAUAUCCCUCACUACUAUGUGGACCCUUACAAAAGGGUGCAGUUUAAGGCUAUCCUCUCCCAGAUGAACCCCAACCUGAACCUGCUGCUGGGCAAAGCCAACACCAAGGAGAUGGGUGUGCAAGUGAAUCCCCGAGUGGACAAGGCUGUGCAGUGCUCGCUGGGGCCUCGCAAUUUACGCAGCCUCUACUCCUGCAGCGGCUGGAAUCAGAAGACGCCACUGACUUCUUGGAGGGCCUGUUGCCAGACCGUUAGCCGCAGGAGCUUAUUCAAGCUGUGGAAGGAUGAGGACAGCAGAGAGAAGAAGGUGCUUCCAGGUCCUCCAGAAGGCAAGCAGCAGCAACCGUCAGUGCCAAGGGCGGAAGAGGACAAGCAGGAGCAACUCUGGCAUUGGAAUGAAUUGGGGAAGGAAGAUUCCAAGGGGUCCCCAGAAUGGAAGAGCAAGCAGCCACAAGGAGAUGCCUCCCAGUGUCUUGGAAGACCCAAGUUCCAGUUUUUGGAACCAAAAUAUGGCUAUUUUCACUGUAAAGAUUGUAAGACCAGAUGGGAGAGUGCUUAUGUGUGGUGCAUAGCUGGAACCAACAAGGUUUAUUUCAAACAACUCUGUUGCAAAUGCCGGAAGAGUUUUAACCCUUAUCGAGUAGAAGCAAUCCAAUGUCAGACUUGUUUAAAGUCUUUUUGUUCCUGUUCUCAAAAAAGAAGACACAUAGAUCUGAGGAAGCCUCAUCGACAGGAACUGUGUGGUCGCUGCAAAGAUAAGAAAUUCUCCUGUGGCAAUGUUUUCAACUAUAAGUAUGGCAUAUGACAGGCAAUUGGACUUGUACCUGAACUCAUCCUGUAACUACUGUAUGAUUCUCCUCUUUUGCAACUUAACCUUUGACCUGUUACUGAAAAGAAAAAAAGGAUUAUGUUUUUGUACUUUUUGUAGUUUGUAUAACAAUUGUACAGUGUAAAUAGAAUGAAAUAAAUGCAUGUAAAAUAGAUCUUGGCUGUACAAUUAAUUGGUGAUUCCUGGGGGAUCUUCAUGAUAGCAUUGGAAAUUGGUGGAUGGUGUCACGUGAAAGGAAGUGUGAAGAAGAAGAAUGCUCAUUCAUUUGACAAACUCUUGGAAGUUCUAAGCACUGGGAACACAGACAAUCCAAAGGCAAGAUCUCUGCCUACAAGGAUACGUAAUAAUCACAGCAAAUGCUUGAAGAGUGCUGAGUGCAUGCAUGCCAGGCAUAGUUAGAACUCAUCACAGUGGCCAUAAAGAAGGAGCUACUAGCUACAGUUUCUUUUCUUUCCUUUUAUUUAUUAUUAUUUUUUUUUUGCUUUUUGGGUCACACCUGGUGAUGCACAGGGGUUACUCCUGGCUCUGCACUCAGGAAUCACUUCUGGCAGUGCUCAGGGGACCAUAUGGGAUGCUGGGAAUUGAACCCGGGUCGGCCGUGUGCAAGGCAAAUGCCCUAGCCGCUGUGCUAUUGCUCCAGCCCCUCUUUCCUUUUUUUAACUUAAGGCUCUGUAGGAUAAUAUUGGUUUGCCCUUCCUCCCUGGCCUCUGGGAGCUUGUGUUUGUUGAUUACCCCCCAACCUGUCAAUUACCUUUGUCUCCUGAUCAGACUCUAACUUGUAAAUAUUGUUUUUCUCUUCUCCUUAAUGUCCUUUGCAUGGCUAGUUAUUUCAGAGCCAUUGCUUUUUGUAUGGAUACAGGAAGACAGUUAAAAAGACAAGCCUGUGGCUUGGGAGUUGAUUGACUCCAGAUAUUACCUCCUGGACAUCUGCUCUCUUGACGUAAGCCUCAGUUGCUCUUACUUCCUAGAUCCCCAAAAGCAGGGUCGUGAGGAGGGACUGGAUGGACCCAGGGCAAGUGGUGAGCUAGCUACGCUGGUAUCAAAAUGGUCCUGCUCAAAGUGCCAUAAUGCUUAGUUAUAAGAGCUUGGUCAUGGACAAAUUCUGUCAUGAUCCAAAAAGUAAUAACUAGAUUUGGACCCUGCUGGGGUUAGGAAUGAUUAAUCUUGCCUGAGCACUGUAGUCUGAGUCUGUGGUGAGAUGUCCCCAGGAGAGUCACCCUACAAGCCUAAAAGUGUCUAUUACUGUGUCCAUAUAGAAUGGUAAAUAUUAGGAAGGAGAAUUAAAGAUGUCAAUCAAGUUGCAGGUCUAAGGACAGGAGAAACACAUCUCAAGGGAUGUUUUGCCCUUGUGGGCUGCAGGUAGUCAGGAAGACUAGAAAAAACAUUUUGAUUGUGCUUCCCAUGGAGAGAUGUGGUUGGGGAGGCAUGGCGAGAGAGAAGGAAAAGGGCAGCUGGGGAGAGGAAAGGAAGGACGAGUGAGUAAGACGGAGACAGAGAUAAAGGAGACAGAUACAGUGGGAAGAAAGAAUUGUGAGGUUACAGAGAGACAGGGGGACGGUGACAGAGGGACAAGUAGAUUGGAGAGGAGUCAUGGAGAGUGUUGUAGAGCAAGUUAGAGAGAGGAUGGGAUAGAGCUGGGAGAGGUGAGAGAUUGAAUAAACGGCAACUAGUCAGCAACCAGCCUUGCCCUCAUUCUUCCUUCAUCCCUCCAAGGCAACAGUCAUCCCGAGUAGAGAAGUGGCUCAAGAGCACCGAAUGCAGGUGGCAAGAGAGAGCUGCCCGGAGAGCCCGCGAACAUCUUUCACGUGUAAUCCCCGAGUGAAGGAGUUGACACAGCUCAACUCGCGUGA